AUGAAUGAGCUGUCAAGCUUCCUGCACAUCGGCGACAUCGUCUCCCUGUACGCCGAGGGCUCCGUCAAUGGCUUCAUCAGCACCCUGGGGCUGGUGGACGAUCGCUGUGUGGUGGAGCCUGCUGCUGGGGACCUGGACAACCCACCCAAGAAGUUUCGAGACUGUCUGUUCAAAGUGUGUCCCAUGAAUCGCUACUCUGCCCAGAAGCAGUACUGGAAGGCCAAGCAAACCAAGCAGGACAAGGACAAGAUUGCAGAUGUGGUGCUGCUGCAGAAGCUCCAGCAUGCAGCCCAGAUGGAGCAGAAGCAGAACGAGACAGAGAACAAGAAGGUGCAUGGGGACGUGGUGAAGUACGGCAGCGUCAUCCAGCUCCUGCACAUGAAGAGCAACAAGUACCUGACGGUGAACAAGCGUCUGCCGGCGCUGCUGGAGAAGAAUGCCAUGAGGGUGACGCUGGACGCCACCGGCAACGAGGGCUCCUGGCUCUUCAUCCAGCCCUUCUGGAAGCUGAGGAGCAACGGAGACAACGUGGUGGUGGGGGACAAAGUGAUCCUGAACCCUGUCAACGCCGGGCAGCCGCUGCACGCCAGCAGCUACGAGCUGGCCGACAACGCCGGCUGCAAGGAGGUGAACUCAGUCAAUUGUAACACCAGCUGGAAAAUCAACCUCUUCAUGCAGUUCUGUGACCACAUGGAGGAAGUGCUGAAGGGGGGGGAUGUGGUGAGGCUGUUCCACGCCGAGCAGGAGAAGUUUCUCACCUGUGAUGAGUACAAGGGCAGGCUCCAUGUCUUCCUCCGCACUACCCUCAGGCAGUCGGCAACCUCAGCCACCAGCUCCAAUGCCCUGUGGGAGGUGGAGGUUGUGCACCACGACCCCUGCCGCGGGGGCGCCGGGCACUGGAACGGUUUGUACCGCUUCAAGCACCUUGCCACGGGCAACUACCUGGCAGCAGAGGAAAACCCAAGUUAUAAAGGAGACGUGGCUGAGCCCAAAGCAGUGCCCACGGGGGGCAGCAGCCGUGCCAGCCGCCGGAACACAGGGGAGAAGAUCAAGUACCGGCUGGUGGCCGUGCCCCACGGCAAUGACAUCGCCUCCCUCUUCGAGCUGGACCCCACCACGCUGCAGAAGACAGACUCCUUCGUGCCACGGAACUCCUAUGUGAGGCUGCGUCACCUCUGCACCAACACCUGGAUCCAGAGCACCAAUGUGCCCAUCGACAUCGACGAGGAGAGACCCAUCCGCCUGAUGCUGGGCACAUGCCCCACCAAGGAAGACAAAGAAGCCUUUGCCAUCGUCUCCGUGCCCGUGUCCGAGAUCCGGGACCUGGACUUUGCCAACGAUGCCAGCUCAAUGCUGGCCAGUGUGGUGGAGAAGAUGAACGAAGGUUUCCUCAGCCAGAAUGACCGGAGGUUUGUGAUCCAGCUGCUGGAGGAUUUGGUCUUCUUCGUCAGCGACGUUGCCAACAACGGCCAGAACGUGCUGGACAUUGUGGUAACCAAACCCAACCGCGAGCGGCAGAAGCUGAUGCGGGAGCAGAACAUCCUGAAGCAGAUCUUUGGGAUCCUGAAAGCCCCUUUCAAGGACAAGGGUGGGGAGGGGCCCCUGGUGCGCCUGGAGGAGCUGUCAGACCAGAAGAAUGCUCCCUACCAGUACAUGUUCCGGCUCUGCUACCGCGUCCUGCGCCACUCCCAGGAGGACUACCGCAAGAACCAGGAGCACAUCGCCAAGCAGUUCGGCAUGAUGCAGUCCCAGAUCGGCUACGACAUCCUGGCCGAGGACACCAUCACGGCACUGCUGCACAACAACCGCAAGCUGCUGGAGAAGCACAUCACCAAGACCGAGGUGGAGACCUUCGUCAGCCUGGUGCGCAAGAACCGCGAGCCACGGUUUCUGGACUACCUCUCGGACCUGUGUGUGUCCAACCACAUUGCCAUCCCUGUCACCCAGGAGUUGAUCUGCAAGUGUGUACUGGACCCCAGGAACAGCGACAUCCUCAUCAAGACAGAGCUGAGGCCAGUGAAGGAGAUGUCCCAGAGCCACGAGUACCUCAGCAUCGAGUACUCGGAGGAGGAGGUCUGGCUCACCUGGACGGACAAGAACAACGACCACCACGAGAAGAGCAUCCGGCAGCUAGCACAGGAGGCGCGGGCAGGCAAUGCCCACGAUGAGAACAUCCUCAGCUACUACAGGUACCAGCUGAAGCUCUUUGCCCGCAUGUGUCUGGACCGCCAGUACUUAGCCAUCAAGGAGAUCUCCCAGCAGCUGGGUGUGGACCUGAUCUUCCUCUGCAUGGCAGACGAGAUGCUGCCCUUCGACCUCCGGGCAUCCUUCUGCCACCUCAUGCUGCACGUGCACGUGGACAGGGACCCCCAGGAGCUGGUGAUGCCUGUGAAGUUUGCCCGGCUCUGGACAGAGAUCCCCACAGCCAUCACCAUCAAAGACUAUGAUUCCAACCUCAACACCUCCCGUGACGACAAGAAGAACAAAUUUGCCAGCACCAUGGAGUUCGUGGAGGACUACCUGAACAACGUGGUGAGCGAGGCCGUGCCCUUUGCCAACGAGGAGAAGAACAAACUCACCUUUGAGGUUGUCAGCCUUGCCCACAACCUCAUCUACUUCGGCUUCUACAGCUUCAGCGAGCUGCUGCGCCUGACACGGACGCUGCUGGGCAUCAUCGACUGCGUGCAGAACCCCCAGCUGAUGGUGCAGGCAGUCUACAGUGACGAGAUGGCAGGGAAGAACGUGCGGAGGUCCAUCCAGGGUGUGGGGCAGAUGAUGUCCACCAUGGUGCUGAGCAGGAAGCAAUCCAUCUUCAGUGCCCCCAGCCUCAGCACUGGCACUGCCCCUGAGCAAGUCGACAGAGGGAGGAGCAUUGAGAAUGAGAACAUUGUGGUGAUGGAGACCAAGCUGAAGAUCCUGGAGAUCUUGCAGUUCAUCCUGAACGUGAGACUGGACUACAGGAUCUCCUACCUGCUCUCAGUCUUCAAGAAGGAGUUUGUGGAGGUCUACCCCAUGCAGGACAGUGCAGCUGAUGGGACAGCUCCAGCCUUUGACUCCACAACCGCAGCCAUGAACCUGGAGCGCAUCGGGGAGCAGGCAGAGGCCAUGUUCGGCGUGGGGAAGAGCAGCAGCAUGCUGGAGGUGGACGACGAGGGCGGGAGGAUGUUCCUGCGGGUGCUGAUCCACCUGACCAUGCACGACUACCCCCCGCUCAUCUCCGGCUCCCUGCAGCUCCUCUUCAAGCACUUCAGCCAGAGGCACGAGGUCCUGCACACCUUCAAGCAGGUUCAGCUUCUGAUCUCAGCCCAGGAUGUGGAGAACUACAAAGUGAUCAAGUCAGAGCUGGACAAGCUGCGCACCAUGGUGGAGAAAUCAGAGCUGUGGGUGGACAAGAAGGGCAGCAGCAAAGGGGACAAUGCAGUGGAGGGCAACAAGAAAGAGAAGAAAGAGCAUGCUGCUGAUGAAGAAGUCAUUGCUCAGGGAGAGAAGAGCAGUGAGAACUAUCAGAUAGUCAAGGGGAUCCUGGAGAGGCUGAACAAGAUGUGUGGGGUUGGGGAGCAAGUGCGCAAGAAGCAGCAGCGGCUGCUGAAGAACAUGGACGCACACAAAGUGAUGCUGGACCUGCUGCAGAUUCCUUACGAGAAGGGCGAUGCCAAGAUGAUGGAGAUCCUGAAAUUCACUCACCAGUUCCUGCAGAAGUUCUGUGCUGGCAAUCAGGAAAACCAGGCCCUGCUGCACAAACACCUCAACCUCUUCCUGACCCCGGGGCUGCUGGAGGCCGAGACCAUGCAGCACAUCUUCCUGAACAACUACCAGCUGUGCUCGGAGAUCAGUGAGGCGGUGCCGCAGCACUUCAUCCACUGCGUGGCCACCCAUGGCCGCCACGUCCAGUACCUCGACUUCCUGCACACCAUCAUCAAAGCCGAGGGCAAGUACGUCAAGAAGUGCCAGGACAUGAUCAUGACCGAGCUCACUAACGCUGGGGACGAUGUGGUGGUUUUCUACAACGACAAAGCUUCCCUGGCCACCCUGCUGGAGAUGAUGACAGCAGCCAGGGAUGGGGUGGAGGAGAACAGUCCCCUGAUGUACCACAUCUCGCUGGUGGACCUGCUGGCUGCCUGUGCCGAGGGCAAGAACGUCUACACCGAGAUCAAGUGCACCUCCCUGCUGCCCCUGGAGGAUGUGGUGCGGGUGGUGACACACGAGGACUGCAUCACCGAGGUGAAGAUGGCCUAUGUGAACUUUGUCAACCACUGCUACGUGGACACAGAGGUGGAGAUGAAGGAGAUCUACACCAGCAACCACAUCUGGACUCUCUUUGAGAACUUCACUCUGGACAUGGCCCUGAUGUGCAAGAAGCGUGAGAAGAGGCUGCCGGAUGCGGCACUGGAGAAGUAUGUCCUGAGCGUGGUGCUGGACACCAUCAGCGCCUUCUUCAGCUCCCCCUUCUCUGAGAACAGCACCUCCCUGCAGACCCACCAGACCAUCGUGGUGCAGCUCCUGCAGUCCACCAUGAGGCUGCUGGAGUGCCCCUGGCUGCAGCAGCAGCACAAGAGCUCGGUGGAAGCCUGCAUCCGGACGCUGGCCAUGGUCGCCAAGAGCCGCUCCAUCGCGCUGCCCAUGGACCUGGAUGCCCACAUCAGCUCCCUGCUCAACAGCAGCUCCAGCAGCACUGUGCCCAGGAACACCUCCAGCUACAAGACAGCCACUCGGAGCUUCCCCCGAGUCUCCACCACCCCCAACCAGUGGGACUACAAAAACAUCAUAGAGAAGCUGCAGGACAUCAUCAGCGCCCUGGAGGAUCGCCUGAAGCCGCUGGUGGAGGCUGAGCUGUCGGUGCUGGUGGAUGUCCUGCACCGGCCAGAGCUGCUCUUCAUGGAGGGGACGGAGGCCUUCCAGCGCUGCGAGAGUGGAGGCUUCCUGUGCAAGCUGGUGCAGCACACUAAGGACCUGAUGGAGACAGAGGAGAAGCUCUGCAUCAAGGUGCUGAGGACACUGCAGCAGAUGCUGGUGAAGAGGAACAGAUAUGGCGAGAGGGGCAACCUGCUGCGGAAGAUGCUUCUCAACAACUACCUGCAGAACAAGAAGUCCAGCUCCAAGGGGGAGAUCGUGGAUGCUGCUGGGGCAGGCCAGGACCAGGACUGGUCUGCGAUUGCUGCUGUCCAGUGCCGGCUGGACCGGGAAGGAGCCACCAAGCUGGUGGCUGACCUCAUCAUGAACACCAAGAACGAGAAGAUCUUCCAGGAGAGCAUCCUGCUGGCCAUCCGCCUGCUGGACGGAGGCAACACUGAGAUCCAGAAAUCCUUCUACAACCUCAUGACGAGCGACAAGAAGUCAGAGAAGUUCUUCAAAGUGCUCCACGACCGCAUGAAGAAGGCACAGCAGGAGACCAAGUCCACAGUGUCGGUGAACAUGAGUGACAUCGGCAACAAGCCUCGGGAGGACAAGGAGGAGCCCGACCCUGGCACCAAGGGGCGAGGGGACCCCUUCCUGCUGCCAGGCACCCCCACGCGGUGCCCCAUGGCCGUGGGCUUCCGGAAGGGGCACGACCCCGGGGAGCAGAGCCAGACCAGCGAGAUGGGGGUGACGGUGCUGAUCAUGGAGCCCAUCCUGCGCUUCCUGCAGCUGCUCUGUGAGAACCACAACCGUGACCUGCAGAACUUCCUGCGGUGCCAGAACAACAAAACCAACUACAACCUGGUGUGUGAGACCCUGCAGUUCCUGGACAUCAUGUGUGGGAGCACCACGGGGGGCCUGGGGCUGCUGGGGCUCUACAUCAAUGAAUACAACGUGGCCCUCAUCACCCAGACCCUGGAGACCCUGACCGAGUACUGCCAAGGACCCUGCCAUGAGAACCAGAGCUGCAUCGUGACCCACGAGUCCAAUGGGAUUGACAUCAUCACUGCCCUCAUCCUGAACGACAUCAGCCCUCUCUGCAAGUACCGCAUGGACCUGGUCCUGCAGCUGAAGGACAAUGCCUCCAAGCUGCUCUUGGCCCUCAUGGAGAGCAGGCAUGACAGUGAGAACGCUGAGAGGAUCCUCAUCAGCCUGCGCCCGCAGGAGCUGGUGGAUGUCAUCAAGAAGGCUUACCUGCAGGAGGAGGAGUGUGAGAAUGCUGAGGUGUCCCCCCGGGAGGUUGGGCACAACAUUUACAUCCUGGCACUGCAGCUCUCCAGGCACAAUAAAUCCCUGCAGCAGCUCCUGAAGCCAGUCAAGCGAAUCCAGGAGGAGGAGGAGGAGGGCAUCUCAUCCAUGCUCAGCCUGAACAACAAGCAGCUGACACAGAUGCUGAAGUCAACAGCCCCAGUGCAGGAGGAAGAGGAGGAUCCUUUGGCUUACUAUGAGAAGCACACAUCCCAGAUUGAGAUUGUGCGUCUGGACCGAAGCAUGGAGCAGAUCAUCUUCCCCGUGCCUGGCAUCUGUGAGUUCCUCACCAAGGAGACCAAGUACAGACUCUUCACCACCACAGAGCAGGAUGAGCAGGGCAGCAAAGUCAGUGACUUCUUCGACCAAUCCUCCUUCCUGCACAACGAGAUGGAGUGGCAGAAGAAGCUGCGCAGCAUGCCGCUGAUGUACUGGUUCUCCCGCAGAAUGACUCUCUGGGGCAGCAUCUCCUUCAACCUGGCUGUCUUCAUCAACAUCAUCAUCGCCUUCUUCUACCCCUAUGUCGAAGCCACGUCCAUGGGAGUGCUGGACUCCCCCCUGAUCUCACUGCUCUUCUGGAUCCUGAUCUGCUUCUCCAUCAUGGCCUUGUUCACCAAGCGCUACGGGGUCAGGCCCCUCCUGGUGGCGCUGAUCCUGAGAUCCAUUUACUACCUGGGCAUUGGCCUCACACUGAACAUCCUGGGAGCUCUCAACCUGACCAACAAGAUUGUGUUUGUGGUGAGCUUCGUGGGCAACCGUGGGACCUUCAUCCGAGGCUACAAGGCCAUGAUCAUGGACGUGGAGUUUCUCUACCAUGUUGGCUACAUCAUCACCAGCGUCCUGGGACUCUUUGUGCAUGAACUCUUCUACAGCAUCCUGCUCUUCGACCUGAUCUACCGCGAGGAGACUUUGUUCAACGUCAUCAAGAGCGUGACGCGCAACGGCCGCUCUAUCCUGCUGACCGCCCUGCUGGCCCUCAUCCUGGUCUACCUCUUCUCCAUCGUGGGCUUCCUCUUCCUGAAGGAUGACUUCAUCCUGGAGGUGGACAGGCUGCCAGACAGCAAAGCCAAAGAUGACCCCUUGGGGAUGCAGAGGAACGUGGAGACCUUCAUGGAGUCCUGCAGUGGUGACAAAAUCAGCUGCUCUGCUGUGCCCACUGCCCUGGAAGAAGCAGAGGCUGACCCCUGGGAACGUGCCUGUGACACUCUGCUCAUGUGCAUUGUCACUGUCCUCAACCACGGCCUGAGGAACGGAGGGGGCGUGGGGGACAUCCUGCGGAAGCCAUCGAAGGAUGAGUCCUUGUUCCCUGCUCGGGUUGUCUAUGACCUCCUCUUCUUCUUCAUUGUCAUCAUCAUCGUCCUCAACCUCAUCUUUGGGGUCAUCAUUGACACCUUUGCUGACCUGAGGAGUGAGAAGCAGAAGAAGGAGGAGAUCCUGAAGACCACCUGCUUCAUUUGUGGGCUGGAGAGGGACAAGUUUGACAACAAGACAGUGUCCUUCGAGGAGCACAUCAAGUAUGAGCACAACAUGUGGAACUAUUUGUACUUCAUCGUGCUGGUGCGAGUCAAGAACAAGACAGACUACACCGGGCCGGAGAGCUACGUGGCACAGAUGAUCAAGAACAAGAACCUGGACUGGUUCCCCCGGAUGCGAGCGAUGUCGCUGGUCAGCAAUGAAGGGGAGGGGGAGCAGAACGAGAUCCGCAACCUGCAGGACAAACUCAACACCACCAUGAAGCUGGUGUCCCACCUCACCUCCCAGCUCAAUGAGCUGAAGGAGCAGAUGACGGAGCAGCGGAAGCGCCGGCAGAGGAUGGGGUUUGUGGAUGUCCAGAACUCCAUCAACCACUGA